CUGCACCUCCUGAUCAUUUUGUGCAAGCUAGAUAAUUUUGUGUGCCCAGUAUGCAAAUAUUUGGGUCAGGCUGAAAAUUGGUGGUAUUCCUGGCUUGAGCAUGCAGUAAAAGGGCUUUUGUUGUUUGCAGAUUGUGAUCUUAACAAUAUGAGAGCGAGAGAUGCUCAGAUCUGAUCUCUGCUUCCAGGAAAGAAGAAGUAUGCGACAUUAACGCAUUUAAAUGGCCUCCUCUCUGCCAGCCCAUGUGGUCGGCCUGCGGACAGGUGUUGAAGCUCUGCGUCAUAUGUAUAUAUACACCUGUGUGCAAGAUGUGCACCUGCAGACGAGUGGCAGCGGUCGCUUGUUAAGGGCGGAAAUGGCCUCAAGUGAGGGAAACACUCAGACAUAUAAGAUGGCAUCUUUAGACCACGAUAUUAACCAACACCUCCAGGAUGCAAUGGAUGUGAUUCAGCAGCAUUCGCAUAAUCCUUACUAUGAUCAAGAUUAUAAAUAUUACGAGACCCUGGUCAGUCAGCAGUCGCCGAUCCAGUGUCAGUUCUCCUGCUGCCUCGUCACACAUUCAACCGAUAUUCCAGCUCCAGCGUACGACUGGAGCGACACAGCUCCAUCCUGGCCUCAGGUCAUGCCUGAUGUCUCCCUGAGCCACUCGGUGCAGAACGAAUCCCCACAUUUCUACUCCAUCCUCCCACCACAGAGAAACAGCAAAGGCCGUAAGAAGCUCAGGCUUUACGAAUACCUCCACGAAGCUCUGAACGACCCCAGCAUGGGCGACUCGAUACAGUGGACGGACAGCGGCAGCGGCACCUUCCACUUCAUCUCCAAGAACAAGGAGAAGCUGGCUGAGUGCUGGGGCCAGCGCAAGGGCAACCGCAAGACCAUGACCUAUCAGAAGAUGGCGAGGGCCCUGAGGAACUACAGCCGCACGGGCGAGAUCGUCAAGGUGCGCCGCAAGCUCACCUACCAGUUCAACCCAGACAUCCUGAACAGGCUGGGCUCGGCGCAGGUGCCCGUGCGCCUGCCCUGCCCGCCCGCGCAGGAGGACGCGCACGGCCAGCAGGAAAAGGCAUCUGAGCAGAGCUACUGCGGCGCAGCGACGACGGACUGGCACGGCUGGUACGGACAGUACCAGCUGCAGGAAGACUACGAGCUGGGCUCAGGCUUCUCCUCACACACCUUGACCAAGCUCUGAUCAACCACAGAAACAUGUUAAUACUGUUUAAAGCCCUCAAAGUCUCUGGAGUUCCUGCAUGUAACUUAUUUUACUGUUAGCUAAUAAGCAAAAAAAAAAAAAUAAGCCUGUAAAUAAUCUGUAAAUAUUAUAAAAACGAUGUAAAUUUAAAA